AUGUCCACUCGAUCUACGACGGAAAUGCACUGGGUGGGCCGUUAUACACUGUUCAAAUCCCGUGGGUAUGCCCUUCGACCACGGCUCGACCCCGACUGGGUGCCGUCGUGGGUGGCAGACCCGUGCAUUAACCCCGCUUACGCAGAGGACUACUAUCCCAUUCGUAUGUGGCGUCAGCUCCAUGUCAUGGAUGGUCGCCGCAUCUCAGACGGCAAACACAUCAUGUUCAAAAAGGUGAAGACAUCGUCGUCGGAGCUCGAGAUCGCUACAUAUUUCUCCUCGGAAUCCCUGCGCAAGGAUCCAUCCAAUCACUGCGUUCCCAUCCUGGAUGUCAUCGUUGACGAGGAAAACCCGUCGUGGUGUUAUAUGGUUAUGCCGUUUCUCCGGCAUAUUGACAAGCCGGAGUUUGACACCAUCGGAAGCAUUCUUGAUGCUGUCGGCCAACUUCUUCAGGGGUUGGUGUUCAUGCACUCCCACAAUAUAGCUCACCGGGACGACAUGUAUGACAGUUUGAGGUUUGAAGCCCCUACCAUGUUCCCGAACAGUUCCCAUCCUUUCUCGGAUAAAUAUCCCAGAGUCCCAAGAACCGAUCGAUGGUCACGGCGCUCUAAAGCCGAUGUUACAUACCAUUUCAUCGACUUCAGCACAUCAAUCCGUGUCCCACAGGUGUCCAAGCGAUCCGAAUCAAUUCCGCAUGAUCCUUUCAAAGAAGGUAUAAUCGUCGAUGUUUCUCAGUAA